UAAAACGCGACUCUCAGCUUAAUUGGGAGAAAGAUUUCAAAAUCACUGUGUUUUAUGAUACACAACAGUUACUAUAUAUAGAUGCGGGGAGUUAAUACCGAGGACACAAACUCAUACAGUGACGCAUAUUCUUGUAUUCUACAUUGCACAAUAGCUGCUAUAUAUAAACGUGUGUGUAGAUGCUGGGUGUAAAUAAUAAGGACACAAGCUUAGACAGGUAAACACAGAAUGCAUAUUUUGACUGUCAGCAGUGUCGUACUACUCUUAAUCGAAUCGGGUCAAUCCGUGACCCCUUUCUGCUAUCCAGGCGAUCCCUGUUUUCCGAGUGGCAGCAUCAUCAACGCUUUCGCGACCUCACUGCCAAAUGGAUCGGUAAUAUUUCCUUCCGAUACCGAAACCUACACUGACGUCACACGGAUGCGUAACCUGAUUAGGACCAGCUAUCCCUUUCUCGUUGUUAUGGCCAAGACACGUGAAGAUGUCAAGGACACUAUAGCUUUUACUAGGCAAUAUGACCUCCAUCUGACUGUUCUUGGUACUGGUCAUGACUUCAAUGGUCGCUCCACAGGAAACGACACCCUACAGUUAAACCUGAGUUUGAUGAAGGAUAGAGUGGUGGAUCUUACUUCAUGGAGGCAUGAAAACGGAACGAUUUCGGUGGGACCCGGAAACACGUGGAUGGAUGUGUACAGGGAGGUUGACAAGUACAAGAGAGUCAUCGUUGGGGGCAGCGCGCAGACUGUCGGGAUGGGUGGAUACACUCUCGGAGGGGGACACAGCCCAAUUUGUCGUUCCUAUGGAAUGGCCAUAGAUAACUUACUGGAGGUAGAAAUGAUCAUGGCUGAUGGUAGAAUUGUCACAGCGACACACGACUUCGUUCACACCAUCUACAACAAUGGCAGCAGCUCCAACGUCACCGACACGGAUUUUUUCUGGGCUGUGGCUGGCGGUGGAGGGGGCACAUUUGGAGUGUCCACCAGACUUCUAUUUAAAUUACACACCCCACCAGAAAAAGUCAUCAGACUCGUAAUGAUUUAUCCCAUGUAUACAGUAUGGGCCGAAGAUGUGUUCGCUCAAGUAUACACAAAAGUAACGGAACUGUUCACCGAUGAUUUACCUCACGAGUGGGGUGGUUAUCUCAUCUUCGAUGGAAAGACUGAUGAGUAUGGGUCUAGGGGACAUGUGACGUUUGUUUUAAAUCACUUGGGAUCAAACACCACAGCCUCCUACAGGUACCUGGAAAAUCUCAUUGAGUUCCUGCCGACAAAGAGAUAUUUCGAAAUCAAAGAGUACCCAACCUUUUUGGAGUACGAGAAAGAGAUAAUCGAACCAAGCCAAUAUUACUUUACCUUCGUUUUUAAUUCCCUGAUCCCUACAAGUAACCUCACCACGGAGUUCAGAGAUAACGUGAGAUGGUCUGUACUUAAUAGACCCACACCGAAUUCUGAAACAAGUUACACAGCGACAUUGAUCGGCGGCAAAAUGCGUGAAGUUGGCACCGGAAGCACCUCUGUUCACCCCGGGUUCAGGAGCACUCUCCUGUCGAUGUCUGGCGGUGUGAGUUUUGGAUUAUCUGGGAUUCCUGAAAUCCUGGAGCUUUACUACAAGAGUGUUGAAAUAAACAACAAAUUCGCUAAAUUUGGAAACGGGAUGUAUCCCAAUGAGGCUGGGCAGUCCACUCCCGACUGGCAGAACAACUUCUGGGGAUCGAACUAUGACCGUCUUUAUGAGAUCAAACUCCGGGAAGAUCCUGACAUCUUCUUUACAUGUGACCAGUGUGUAGGGUCGGAACUGAAACGCCCAUCAUCUACAUCAUCAUCGACCCCAUCAUCUACUCUGUCAUCCACAUCAUCAGCUUCUAGUGAACCUCAAACAACCGCUUCAGCGCCUGCUUCCUUAGAAUUUUCUCCAACACCCGGUUCUACACCGUCAGAAACCCAAAAUUCAAUUUCGUUAGCCACUGAAGUAAAGCCUCGAGUGUUUAUUUGUCUUCUGUCAUUGUCAUGUUUUCUAUUAAUGCUUGAUUGAAAUGUAGCACAUGCGUAUAUUUCUAUCUGCUUAAUUAGACCAUCUUCAGAAUGUCAUAUAAUUAUUCACAAUACUAUUUAUAUUACAUAAUCUGAAUAAAGAUUGGACAUUGUAUAGAGGUAAUGAUAUGACAAUCUGGAAAUCAGAACAAGUAUAUGUAAUGAUAUUCAUGAUUAUUCCUUGUGAUAACAAAAUUAAGAUGUAUGCAAUGUUCAUUGUAACAUUUUUAAUGUUUCUCUAGAUACUACAUACUAACGACAGAAACAUUACGUAAUAACGACAGAAACAUUACGUAAUAACGACAGAAACAUUACGUAAUAAAGACAGGAACAUUAUGUAAUAACGACAGAAACAUUACGUAAUAACGACAGGAAAAUUACGUAAUAACGACAGGAAAAUUACGUAAUAACGACAGAGACAUUACGUAAUAACGACAGAUAUAUUACGUAAUAACGACAGAAACAUGACGUAAUAAUGACAGAAACAUUACGUAAUAACGACAGGAACAUUACGUAAUAACGACAGAUAUAUUACGUAAUAACGACAGAAACAUUACGUAAUAACGACAGAGGCAUUACGUAAUAACGACAGGAACAUUACGUAAUAACGACAGAGACAUUACGUAAUAACGACAGAAACAUUACGUAAUAACGACAGAAACAUUACGUAAUAACGACAGAUAUAUUACGUAAUAACGACAGAGACACUGAAGUCAGUGACCCUAAUCAUGUUCAUGUGUUGAAUGUUUACAAACAAAAUACUCACAUUACUAUGUUCUUCUGUGUUUAUUUUGCAUGGCUUAUUUUUCCAGCAUUGAAGAUAAUAUAUACAUACAUGUUAUCUUGUCCCUUUCCUACGUCAUCGCCAGUACGUGCUCGUGUAAAUCAUAUUCAGGGAAUUAUCGUUUCAGAUGUACACAUGUAAAAUCUGACCCUGGUCGCUUGUCGUCUACCUCUGAUUCAGUCAUCCUCUUCUAUGUGCGUUUUUUCGUCUGAUGGCUGCCGGGCCUUAAUCUAAUUUAAUGUCUACAGAUAGUAUACAUAACAACACGGAGAAUCACCAAUACUUAUAACAUUAUUAAGGAAAUCAAUCAACUGCAACCUCUCAUAGGAACUAUUAUUUGCCAGAUAAUGAUGUUUCUGAGGACAAAUUUCUCACAAGUCUAAGCCCCCCUCCCAUGACAAAAGUGUUGGGUGUCUGUCUUACAAGGCAUUUCGGUUGUGAAUUAGCGAACUAACGCAGAAUCAAAGCAUGCACUGGCAUUGGAAUGUAGGUGGAUUAGGUCAUUAUUGUGCUUAUGUAUCGUUUACAUCUAUGUCCUUUUGAUUUUACUUUUGAAUUUACGUACAUGGGACAUGUUAAACAGUCUGAUAAGAUUCUGUUUAUUCUAUGCCUUAAUCAGUUAAAUGAAGAUUCCAGAAGUUAUUGCCAAAAUGCAUCGUUGGUAUUUUAUAUAUUUGUUGAACAAUGGGAUAUUAAUCGUACUACAUGUGUUUUAUUAUGAGAGAAUCUCGUUUUACAAUUUUUAGGCUAUUCUUAAUGCAAGAUGACUUUCAAUUUUUUUUUAAAAUAUGGAUUUAUCAUAUUUUGAUUUUAUAUUGAUGAUCAUUAUUCAUAAAAUCAAAACUUUUAAAAGACCAUAAAACAUUUAUCAUGUUUCUAAGUAUGUUCAAUAUGCAGAUGACACCGAGUGUUAAUGUUAAUGUGUUCUGUGUACUUUACCACUAUUUUGAAAUACAUCAUAUAUCAGAUAUAUGCACAUGUAUGUGUUAUUCAAUAAAAGAAUUGAAAUAAAAAAA